AUUGACCCAGAGAGCUCAUUAGGGUAUAGGUAUACUUACCACACUCGAGAGGAAGUUGUAAAGUCUCUCAACUCUUCGCAAAGUUGUUGAAUAACGAGCAGAGGGAGGGAGGAAGGAAUCUGAGGAGGAGAAAAUAAUGUUGUUCUUUUCUUACUUCAAGGAUUUGGUUGGACAAGAAGUAACGGUUGAGCUGAAGAACGAUUUGGCAAUCAGAGGGACUCUUCAUUCAGUUGAUCAGUACCUCAAUAUCAAGCUCGAGAACACUCGGGUUGUUGAUCAGGACAAGUUCCCUCACAUGCUUUCGGUCAGAAACUGUUUCAUCAGAGGAUCUGUGGUGAGGUACGUGCAGUUACCUCCUGAUGGAGUCGAUGUUGAUCUACUUCAUGAUGCUGCUAGAAGAGAAGCUCGAGGUGCUUGAUGAUUCCUCCAACACCUCAAUUGUAUCUCCAAACUUAAUCUCUUUAUUAACAAGACUUGCUUCUUCAUUUUUCCAUUUUCAUGUAAUCCCUUGAUAUGUAAUGAAUCUUUUUCUGUUAUCUCUAUCAAAGAUUUAUCUGUUCUCAACA